CCUCCACGGCUGCCGUCGCCGGUCCGAACCAGUGAGCGACAACAGUCGGUCUGUGGUCCGCUUUACCGUCAGUUAGCGUCGCACAAGCAAAAAUGGCGAACGUGCUGCUGGAGUUCAAGUCUUCUGCCGGUGAUUCCGAGCCGCAGAGCCGCCCGGUCCUGAUCCUCGGACAGCACGCCAGCCUGCAGCGAGUCAGCUGGAGUCAGAUUAAGGCGAAACUGCAGCCAGUCGUUAGCAAAGAGACUUGGCAGGCAGCUCUCAGUUCUUUGAAUCCAAACCCUACUGACAGCUGCCCUCUGUACCUCAACCAUGCUACGGUUGCUGCCCUUCCUUCACGGGUCAGCAGGCACAACAGCCCGUCUUCUGCCCACUUUGUGUCCCGUCUGGUCCGUUCCUGUCUGCCCGGAGGCAACAAUCGUCUCAUUAUUAUGGUGUGUGAACGAUCAGAAGUGUUUGCCUCCUCCUGUGCCAUCUCCAGGGCAUUCCCUGUCUUCUCCCGCCGCUCUGCUUCCUCACGCAGGACUGAAAAGAAGCAUGUCACUGUAGAAUUUGUGAUUGUUGGGCAGGACAGUGCCUCCCUGAAUAUGGCAGAAGUUGAGUGUCUCUCUAAUGCUGCUGAUGGUGUGCGACUGGCAGCUCGCAUUGUGGACACACCAUGCAAUGAGAUGAAUACAGAUGACUUCUUGAAUGAAAUCAAGGCUGUGGGAACUGAACUUGGAAUCACUCCCGUGAUCAUACGCGGAGAAGAACUAAAGCAAAGAGGUUUUGGAGGUAUAUAUGGAGUUGGAAAGGCAGCGGAGCAUCCUCCUGCAUUGGCAGUCCUGAGCCACACACCUGAUGGUGCAACCCAAACCAUUGCUUGGGUGGGGAAGGGCAUUGUGUAUGACACUGGAGGACUUAGCAUCAAGGGAAAGACCACAAUGCCAGGAAUGAAGAGAGAUUGUGGUGGAGCUGCUGCCAUUUUGGGAGCUUUCAAAGCUACUAUUAAACAGGGAUUCAAGGAUAACCUCCAUGCAGUGUUUUGCCUUGCAGAGAAUGCAGUUGGACCCACCGCCACACGCCCUGAUGAUAUCCAUACUCUGUAUUCUGGAAAGACUGUGGAGAUCAACAACACUGAUGCGGAGGGUAGGCUAGUGCUGGCUGAUGGAGUGGUUUAUGCUAACAAAGACCUAUCAGCUGAUAUUAUUCUGGAUAUGGCCACUCUGACAGGGGCACAGGGAAUCUCCACAGGAAAGUACCAUGCAGCUGUUAUGACCAACAGCGAGCAGUGGGAGGUUGCUUGUGUGCGUGCCGGUCGUAGCAGCGGCGAUCUUGCUCAUCCCCUGGUUUACUGCCCUGAGCUGCACUUCAGCGAGUUUACGUCUGCCUUAGCUGACAUGAAAAACUCUGUGGCUGAUCGCGAGAAUGCCCAGAGCUCCUGUGCUGGCCUCUUUAUUGGUUCCCACUUGGGCUUCGAUUGGCCUGGUGUCUGGGUCCAUGUUGAUAUUGCCUCUCCUGUACAUGCUGGUGAGCGUGCCACUGGAUUUGGUGUUGCUUUGCUAAUGGCCUUGUUCGGUCAGGCGUCCGAUGACUCCAUGUUAAAUCAAGUGUCUCCUCUGGGUGCGGCCACCAACGCAUCUGAAGACCAGAUGACGCGCGACUGCAAAAGACGACGACUGGUCUAGAACAGAGAAUGGUUUACUCUUCGACUGCUCCGCUGCCCACACACACACAUACACGCACACACACACAAAGUGGCACUAAGCUGGUGCUUAUUUAGUCACAGGAAGCUGUGAUUCAGUUUUCCGUAUUUGCUCAAUUUGACUGCAUUGAAUAAAGCAGAUGAUCAUUAGUACAUGAUAUGUGUGAUAGUUGUUUAUGAUAAGUCACAGGUCCUCACUUGCCUCCUGACUUGGCACUUGCUGCAUCAAUCACCUUCAUAGCUGCUUCACUGUUUAGUUGCUUUUGAUGUAUUGAAUAUUAUAACCAUGCGGGUGGUUUACAGUAUGUUCAAGCUGUAAUCAUUUAGGCUUAAUAAACUCCAGUAUUAGUUCACCAACAGUAAUCCAUUAUAAAUGUUCUUUUUUAUUAAUAAUCAUUAAACGUUGCCUCCAUAACACCCACACGCUGUUUCCACCCACCUCGUCGGCACAUUGUGUUGUACUUUGAUACUUUAUGCAAAUUAAGGACUUACAUGUUGUCUUUGACAUUACAAGAAAUACUGCAUCAGGAUCUGUAAAGUUGGAGUUUAUUCUUGAGCCGAUAACCACUGCACUUUGUAUUCACCCUGUAAAUAGCUGGGCAGUCUGAUCUGUGGACCAAACUGAGGACUGAAUGCUUGCUGCAGUCAAACCUAUUUCACAGUGGUUUCAAGUUAGUAAAGACAGGUAUUACCACAUAGGCCUUGUCAGAAACACAGAUGUUUACUGCGAUUUUUUUUUUCCACCCUUGUGACAAUCAUGUCCUUCACUAAAGGCAGUGCCAUCUGA